GGGGAAUAAUAUCUACAUUAUGAACCACUACACGAGCGGUGUGAUCCUCUAUGGAGAGAGAACUAAUCAGGAGACAAAGCUUGUCCAAGGUGAACUUUGACAACUACAGAGCCGUUUUAUCCUUUGUGAACAUUGGAAAUAUACACUGGAAGUUUCUGUACAUAAAUGCAGAUGACAGCUGUCUGUAUUUGGUCGAUCCUUCAAGAAACUCUUUGGAGCAGGAAGAGUCUGACCGUGCAGCCAAAAGAUUCCGUGAAUACUUCAAAAUGAGGAGGACAUGCUACAACAAAACAGACUGGGUGAAUGUGAGACUUCGAGGAGGAGUACUGACACAUCCAUUUCAACGGGAUGGUUUUAGCUGCGGAGUAAUGGUCAUCAUGAUGGUCAAAGUAGUAAUGGAAGCAUUCCCAAAUAAACCAGAAAUGACAUUUUUGACGACAAAAAACGAGAUGGCCCAGGCACGAAGGACAUUUGCACAGACAAUACUUGAGGCCUCCGUAUUUGACAGUGACAACAACUGUGCCAUGUGUGCAACGGUGAAACCACCUAAUCCAGGACCCUCCAUCACUGACUGGAUCCAGUGUGAUAACUGCAACCGCUGGUUCCAUUCUGAAGGCCUGGACAUGACAAAUGAACAGCUCAGCAGUGCUCAGAAGACAGAGUGGAAGUGUGUGCUUUGUGUAACCUAAUUCCACACGCAGUGAAAGCUA